AUGGCGAGCAACAGCACCACCAAUCCAAAGCAACCGCUGCUUGGAAGGACCCCGCCAGAAAUCGGACGCCAUACACCAUCGUCCAUAAUUGACGCCAUCUCGCCGAGGUUACUGCCUCAGAGACCAUCAUCACGUACAGACACUUACAGACAAACGACUUAUUUCCCACCACCAACGGAGGCUGCAGAGCAACCUAGAUCUCUAUUAACUGACUUGUUUCCCUGGUGGUCCUUCUUUUAUAUCGUGGAUUUCCUUGUAGCAGCUGCUUUGUGGGGUCUAACAACAUGGACAUCAAGCUUCCAACCCUACCUCCGCGAAAUCAAUCUCCUAGAUCCUGACAUCACUCGCCCGUUCCACGCAGGCGAUAUAGUGCCUAUGAAACUAGUCGCAUUCCUAACCGUUUUCGUGCCAAUGACGUGCUGUAUUGCAUACCACGCUCUGCUAUUGGUGUCUAGAUGGGGGCAUGACUAUUAUAGAUCGGAUUCGAGGGUUAUUAGGAAGUAUCUGGCUAGAGAGUCGUUGGCGUACUUGUUGCAUGAUUUUCAUCAUGCGGCGCUGAGUUUGUUGUUGGCUACUGGUGCGACAAAAGUUGUAACGGAUACCCUUAAAGCAUGGAUGGGCCGGUUUCGUCCGGACUUCCUGGACAGAUGCGAUAUGGAUCUAAUUGCUAUGGUCUGUACAGGCGAUCCCAAGAUCGUUAGAGAUGGACGUGAAUCGUUCCCAUCGGGACAUUCCUCAUCCUCCUUCGUUGGAAUGGGAUGGGUUAGCUUAUAUCUUGCGGGUAAGCUGUCUGCCUGGUGUCUGGAUGAAAAGCCCAAUGAUGGACGAGUCUUAUCAAUGAUAUUGUGUGUCUGUCCACUCAUGUGGGCUGCGUAUGUAGCCAUCAGUAGAACUGAAGAGAACAAGCAUCAUCCAACGGACGUAUUGGCUGGAUCCCUCCUUGGACUGACGAUUGCAUACAUCUCAUACCGUAUGUUCUAUCCAAACGUAUUUUCUGGAGAUAGACGUGCUAUGAAACGUCCCAAAGGAUUUACUGAUGAAGGCGAAUAUGAUGGUCUGGGAGGAGAAUACAUGUAUUCGACUGUAUAG